AUGCCUCUUGUGGAGUUCAUCAUCGACGUGGGGUUCUACCUCAGCACGCUCGUAACCAUCCUCUGGUACUGCCGAGUUAUCUACAAGAUGAUCUCGGGAAGAAGAAACGUCCACGUCCGCGGCAGCACCGAAGACUCUGGCGCCGACAACAUAUGCUGCAUAUGCCUCGAGCGGACGUGGGACGCCGGCGGGAUCUGCCGGCGACUGCGAGGAUGCAGCCACGUGUUCCACGCCGGUUGCAUCGACGUGUGGCUGGCGAAGAGUCGCACCUGCCCAUACUGCCGGGCGCCGGUCCGGACUCCGCCGGCGAAGUAUUCAGUUCGAGCACGAUUAAACACGGGCGUGAAUACUUGGGGACAAUCUUCAAAUCUUCGCUUGCAUCGUAUCGUCGGCGACAAUUGA